AUGUUCACUUGUGUGAAAGGUUUUAUCCAUACUUGUGGAGGAACAUUAAAAGGGAGGAAUGGGACAAUAGAAAGCCCGGGGUUUCCGUACGGAUAUCCAAAUGGAGCAAACUGUACCUGGGUGAUUGUUGCCGAGGAGGGGAACAGGAUUCAUAUAGUUUUUCAGUCUUUUGCUGUGGAGGAGGAAUAUGACUUUUUAUCUUUGUAUGAUGGGCAUCCACACCCGGCUAACUUCAGAACAAGGUUAACAGGAUUUACCAUCCCCUCGCCUGUUACCAGUUCUGGCUCUAUAUUUUCACUGAGGCUUACCAGUGACUUUGCAGUAAGUGCUCAUGGAUUUAAAGUAGCUUAUGAAGAGCUGAGAAGCGGUUCAUGUGGAAACCCAGGAGUUCCAUCUAAAGGCAUACUGAAUGGAACACAGUUCAGCGUAGGUGACAAAAUCCGCUACCGAUGUGUCACAGGUUAUGUCCUGGAUGGACAUUCGCUCCUAACCUGUGUGACCAGUGCUGCUGGUGUGUCAGUGUGGGAUUUCCCUGUGCCAAUCUGCAGAGCCGAGGACACGUGUGGUGGCACCCUGAGGGCCUCCAGCGGGCUCAUCUCCAGCUUUGAUUUCCCUGGUGGUGACUCCCCUGGCACCGGUGGGGGUGGAGGUGCUGGAGGUCUGGGCAGCAGCGGGGAGUGUAAGUGGACCAUUCUGGCAGAUCCAGGGGACACUAUCUCUCUGGUGUUCACAGAAUUUCAGAUGGAGGAGAAGUCCGAUUAUCUGGAAAUAGAAGGAUCUGAACCACCAACUAUCUGGCUAACUGGAAUGAAUAUUCCAGCACCAAUCAUCAGCAACAAAAACUGGCUCAGGCUGCACUUUGUUACAGAGAGCAACCACCGCCACAAAGGCUUCAGGGCUCAGUAUCAAGUGAAAAGCUCUGGAGAGCUUAAAUCCAGGGGGGUAAAAUUAUUACCAGGGAAGGACAACACUAACAAACUGUCUUUGAUGAAUGAAGGAGGAAUCAAACAGGUCUCCAAUUACUGCCCUGACCCAGGGGAGCCGGAAAAUGGCAAACGGGUUGGUUCUGACUUCAGCAUCGGAGCCACAGCUCAAUUUACCUGUGACGAGGACCAUGUGCUUCAGGGUUCCAAAACGAUUACCUGCCAGCGUGUAGCAGAGGUCUUUGCAGCUUGGAGUGACCAUAGACCUGUCUGCAAGGUGAAAACAUGUGGGUCGAAUCUUCAUGGACCUUCAGGGACGUUUACAUCCCCUAACUUCCCCAUCCAAUAUGAAAGUAACUCCCAGUGUGUUUGGAUCAUCACUGCCAGUGAUCCCAACAAGGUUAUUCAGAUUAACUUUGAAGAGUUCGACUUGGAAAUCGGGUAUGAUUCCCUAACCAUCGGAGAUGGCGGGGAAGUAGGGGACUCUAAAACGAUUAUUCAAGUGCUGACUGGGAGCUUUGUCCCCGACCUGAUUGUCAGUAUGUCCCAUCAGAUGUGGCUCCAUCUCCAGUCUGAUGAGAGUGUGGGCUCAAUAGGCUUCAAGAUCAACUAUAAAGAAAUUGACAAAGAGAGUUGUGGUGACCCUGGAACACCUCUGUAUGGCUACCAAGAAGGAAGUGGAUUUUUAAAUGGAGAUGUUCUUCGUUUUGAAUGCCAGUUUGGAUUUGAGCUCAUCGGGGAGAGGAUGAUAACCUGCCAGAACAACAAUCAGUGGUCAGCUAAUAUCCCCAUCUGUAUAUUCCCCUGUUUCUCCAACUUCACUGCACCCAUGGGGACAGUGCUGUCUCCUGACUACCCCGAAGGCUAUGGGAACAACCUCAACUGUGUGUGGCUGAUUAUCUCUGAACCUGGUUCCAGGAUUAAUCUGGCCUUCAAUGACUUUGACCUGGAGCCUCCCUAUGACUUCCUUACUAUCAAAGAUGGGGAUCAGUCAGUAGCCACAAUCCUUGGGCGAUUUUCAGGGGCUGAAGUUCCUUCUCACCUGACAUCUAACAGUAACGUUCUGCAGCUGGAGUUUCAGGCUGAUCACUCCAUGUCUGGGAGAGGCUUCAAUAUUACCUACAGCACUUUUGGGCAUAACGAGUGCCCCGACCCUGGCAUACCUUUGAAUGGUAGGCGCUUUGGUGACAGUUUCCAACUGGGAAGUUCCAUCUCUGUGGUUUGUGAGGAGGGCUUCAUCAAGACACAGGGUGCUGACACCAUCACAUGCCGUCUCGAGGAAGGCAAGGUGAUGUGGAGUGGACUCAUUCCCAAAUGUGAAGCUCCUUGUGGGGGGCACUACUCAGGGCCAUCUGGUGUCAUUCUCUCCCCGGGAUGGCCAGGCUACUACAAAGACUCCCUGAGUUGUGAGUGGGUCAUUGAGGCUGAGAUGGGGCGCUCCAUCAAGAUUAGUUUUGACAGGUUUCAAACUGAGCUCAGUUAUGAUUUUCUGGAAGUGCACGAUGGUCCAAACCUGCUCUCUCCUAUGAUUGGCUCAUUUAAUGGAACCCAAGUCCCUCAGUUCCUGUUUAGUAGCAGUAAUUUUCUGUAUCUGCUUUUCACCACUGACAACAGUCGGUCUAAUAGUGGCUUCAAGAUCUUCUAUGAAGUGGUCACAUUGGACACAUACUCCUGUAUGGAUCCUGGCAUCCCAGUUAAUGGGAUACGGUUAAGCAAUGACCUGUCCAUUGGUUCCAUGGUAUCCUUCAAGUGUGAUCCAGGAUACAGGCUAAGCCACGAGGAGCUGCUUGUUUGUGAGAAAAACCAUUUCUGGAGCCAUCCUCUGCCCUCUUGUGAUGCAUCAUGUGGUGGGGAUAUCAGGGGACCUGCAGGGAUCAUCCUGUCACCUGGUUACCCAGAGCUUUAUCCAAACUCCCUAAAUUGUACUUGGACAGUUGAAGUUAGUCAUGGAAAAGGUGUCCAGUUCACUUUUCACUCCUUUCACUUGGAGGAUCACCAUGACUACCUUCUGAUAACAGAAAAUGGCAGCUUCGCACAGCCUCUGGCUCGACUCACUGGCUCGGAGAGGCCUGUGUCAGUUAAUGCGGGCCUGUUUGGGAACUUCAAGGCACAGCUACGCUUCAUUUCUGAUUUCUCUAUAUCUCUUCAGGGAUUCAACAUCUCCUUUUCAGAAUACAAUCUUGAGCCCUGUCAAGAUCCUGGAACACCUCAGUUUGGCUGGCAUACAGGAUCCAAGUUUGGAAUCGGUGACUCGCUGCUGUUUUACUGCAACACCGGUUAUCGUCUUCAGGGGGCCAGGGAGAUCAUUUGCUUGGGAGGUGGCCGCCGAAUGUGGAGUGCCCCUCUGCCAAGGUGUGUGGCUGAGUGUGGUUCCACGGUCUCCAACAAUGAGGGAGUUCUUUUGUCACCAAACUAUCCAAAGGACUAUGACAACCGCCACGAAUGCGUCUACAGCAUUCAGGUCCAAACAGGCAAAGGGAUCAACAUCACUGCCAGCACCUUUCAGCUCGCACAGGGUGACAUUAUCAAGCUGUAUGAUGGUAAGGAUGGUACGGCUCCCCUCCUCGGCACCUAUACCGGCACACUAAUGCAAGGCCUGUCGCUUACCAGCACUUCCAACUAUAUGUGGCUCGAAUUCUACUCUGACCAUGAGUCAACAGCACCAGGGUUCCACCUCAUAUACCACAGUUUUGAGCUUUCUCACUGUGACGAUCCAGGACUGCCACAGUUUGGCUUUAAAAUCACUGACCAGGGUCACUUUGCAGGUAGCACUAUCACGUUUGACUGUGAACAAGGUUACACUCUGCAUGGCAGCGCCAUACUCAAGUGUAUGACUGGAGACAGACGAGCAUGGGACAACAAUCUCCCAUCAUGUAUAGCCGAAUGUGGUGGCAGUUUUAAGGGCGAGUCUACCGGGCGUAUCCUCUCUCCUGGGUAUCCCUUCCCCUAUGACAACAACCUGAGAUGCACUUGGUCAAUUGAGGUCAGCUCUGGCAACAUUGUCAGUCUCCAGUUUCUUGCAUUUGACACUGAGGCAUCCCAUGACAUCCUGAAGGUAUGGGAUGGACCUCCAGAGAAUGAAAUGUCUUUGAAGGAGGUCAGUGGCUCACUUCUACCAGAGGGAAUCCACUCCACACUCAACAUUGUCACCAUUCAGUUUGAGACAGACUUUUACAUCACCAAGUCUGGUUUUGCCAUUGAUUUCUCAAGUUCACUUGCGACAGCCUGCAGAGAUCCAGGUAUUCCCAUGAAUGGCAGUCGCAAUGGAGAAGGGCGGGAGCCCAGUGACUCUGUGACCUUCACUUGUGAUCCAGGAUAUGAGUUGCAGGGAGAGAGCAGAAUCACCUGCAUCCAAGUGGAAAAUAGAUACUACUGGCAGCCAAGCCCUCCGAGCUGCAUUGCUCCAUGCGGUGGGAAUGUGACUGGAUCCUCUGGAUUCAUCCUCUCCCCCAAUUACCCACACCCCUACCCACACAGCAAAGACUGUGACUGGUUGAUUGCAGUUCACUCUGACUAUGUAAUUUCCCUGGCAUUCAUCAGCUUCAGCAUUGAGCCCAACUAUGAUUUCUUGUACAUUUACGAUGGGUCAGACAGCAGCGCUCAUCUUAUUGGCAGUUUCCAAGACAGCAAACUUCCAGAGAAGAUUGAGAGCACUUCCUAUUUCAUGUACUUGGCUUUUCGUAGUGACGGCUCCGUGAGCUACACUGGCUUUCACCUGGAAUACAAAGCUAAACUACGGGAGGCUUGUUUUGAUCCAGGGAAUGUAAUGAAUGGCACUAGAAUGGGCACAGACUAUAAGCUGGGAUCCAUGGUGACAUUUCAUUGUGAGGCUGGCUACCUGCUGCAGGGCUACUCUACUCUGACAUGUGUCAUGGGCAACAGCAAGAGGCCAGAGUGGGAUAGAGCCAAACCAAGCUGUCAAGCUCCCUGUGGAGGUCACUUCACUGGUUCAGAGGGAACUGUUCUUUCCCCAAACUACCCACAUAAUUACUCCAGGAGCCAGAGCUGUGUCUAUGAUAUCUUUGUCCCCGGAGACUUUGUGCUUUUUGGUCAGUUUGUAGUUUUUCAGACUCUCCCCACUGAUCUGGUCGAGAUUUAUGAUGGAACCUCAGCAGAUUCAGCUCUUCUCACAUCUAUUUAUGGAUCACACUCGGGUGAGACCCUCCCCUUGAGUUCAGGAAACAAGAUAGCAAUUAAGUUCACUACAAAUGGAACAGAAACAGCCAAGGGAUUUCAUUUUGUUUACCAAGCUGUCCCCCGGACAAGCGCCACUCAGUGUAGCUCAGUCCCUGAGCCCCGUUUUGGGAAGCGGAUAGGGAAUGACUUUGGCACUGGCAUGGUGGUUCUGUUUGAAUGCAAUCCAGGCUACACGCUGCACGGCUCCAACGCCAUCAGGUGUGAGGCUGUGCCCAAUGCCCUGGCCCAGUGGAACGGCACUGUGCCCACAUGUGCCGUUCCAUGUGGUGGAUUAUUAACUGACCGGAAAGGGACUAUCCUCUCCCCUGGAUACCCUGAACCAUAUGCCAACUACCUAAACUGUGCCUGGAGAAUUUCUGUUACCGAGGGAGCCGGCAUACAAAUUCAGGUUGUAACGUUUGCCACAGAACACAACUGGGAUUCACUGGACUUUUUUGACGGAGUUGAUGGCAAUGCUCCAAGGCUUGGUAGCUACUCAGGUACAACUAUUCCCCAACUGCUGAACAGCACGUCCAACAACCUGUACUUGACCUUCCAGUCUGACAUCAGUGUUUCUGCUGCUGGUUUUCACUUGGAAUACACAGCAAUAGGUUUGGAUUCGUGCCCAGAGCCGAUGCCUCCCAGUAACGGCCAAAAAGUGGGGGAUCGCUAUACUGUGGGUGACAUGGUUUCCUUCCAGUGUGAUCAGGGCUUUUCAUUACAGGGAAAUGCAUAUAUUACCUGCAUGCCUGGGCCCGUGAGGAGAUGGAAUUACCCUGUACCUCUUUGCUUAGCUCAGUGUGGAGGCUCUAUGACAGACUUCAGCGGCGUCAUCCUCAGCCCAGGCUUUCCAGGGAAUUACCAGAGCAGCCUGGACUGCAGCUGGAGAGUUCAACUCCCCAUUGGCUUUGGGAUUCAUCUACAGUUUCUAAACUUCUCCACAGAGCCUGUCCAUGACUAUUUGGAGGUUCUCAGUGGGAGCUUUGAGACGGGCACAGUGAUUGACCGGUUCAGUGGCCCUGUGGUGCCCAGCUCUCUCUUUAGCACAACACACGAAACCACUCUCUUCUUUCACAGUGACUAUUCCCAGAACAAGCCUGGCUUCCACAUUGUGUACCAGGCCUACGAGUUACAGAGAUGUCCAGACCCCCGACCAUUUCGAAAUGGUAUUGUGAUUGGUCAAGACUACAGCGUGGGGAUGACCAUUACCUUUGAGUGCCUACCAGGUUAUACUCUUCUUGGGGAGCCUUCUCUCACGUGUUUGCAUGGAAUCAGCAGAAAUUGGAAUCACCCCAUACCUCGCUGUAAAGCUCUCUGUGGUGGGAAUAUAACAUCUAUGAAUGGAACAAUUUACUCUCCUGAACACCCUGCUGAGUACCCGCAUUUCCAGGACUGCAUGUGGACUGUCAGAGUACCUCCGGGAUAUGGCAUCUAUAUCAAUUUUUCUGUGAUCAAUACAGAACCUAUCUACGACUAUAUCACUGUUUGGGAUGGACCUGAUCAAUCCUCACCUCAAAUUGGCCAAUUUAGUGGCAGUUCCAUACAGGAAGAUGUGUCCACCACUGCUAACCAGGUCCUUAUCAAAUUCCACAGUGACUUCAGCACAAGUGGCUUCUUUGAACUUCAUUACUAUGCCUACCAGCUGAGAACUUGUCAGCCACCCCCACCUGUUGCCAAUGCUACCACCCUAACUGAUGAUGACCAGUUCGAAAUAGGAGACAUUAUUAGGUACUCGUGCCAGCCAGGCUUCACCUUGGUGGGUAGUGAGAUUCUGACCUGCCGACUUGGAGAGAGGUUACAGAUGGAUGGAGCACCACCGGUCUGUCAAGUGCAAUGCCCGGCCCAUGAAGUGCGCUUUGACUCUACUGGCGUAAUCCUAAGUCCUGGCUACCCUGAAAACUACCCCAAUCUUCAGAUGUGCUCCUGGCUGAUCAACGUAGAGAAAGGCUACAACAUCACUUUGCACUUUGAACUUUUUCAGACCGAAAAAGAGUUUGAUAUCUUGGAAAUAUUUGAUGGUCCCAACAUAUACAGUCAGAGUCUUUCAACGCUCAGUGGUGACAUAGAGACCCCCUUCAGUCUGACCACCACCGGCCACCAGCUCUUACUGCGCUGGUCCUCUGACCAUGGCACCAACCGCCGCGGCUUCCACAUCAGAUAUGUGGGUGAGUAUCAAACAAUGUACUGCAGUACCCCAGACUCCCCACAACAUGGCUUUGUUGUGAGCCAGACUGGGGGUCAUCUUAACAGCAUGGUGCGCUGGGCUUGUGACAGGGGAUACAAGCUAAUUGGAAAAGGCACAGCUGUUUGCAAGAGGACCACCUAUGGUUACUAUGCCUGGGACACCCCAGUUCCUGCAUGUCAAGCUGUGUCAUGCGGUGCGCCCACUGCACCAGUAAACGGAGGUGUGCUUGCUGCUGAUUAUUCCGUCGGCACACGUGUGACCUACUUCUGCAACAGUGGCUACCGGCUGUCCUCCAAAGAACUGACAACGACAGUCUGCCAGCCAGACGGCACCUGGAGCAAUCACAACAAGAUACCCCGAUGCAUCGUGAUGACGUGCCCCAGUCUGAGUUCUUUCUCUCUGGACCAUGGGAGAUGGAGGAUAGUCAAUGGUUCACACUAUGAGUUUGGAACUAAAAUAAUCUUCACAUGCAACCCUGGAUUCUACCGCAUUGGCCCGGCGCACAUCCAAUGUCUGUCCAAUGGUGUGUGGAGCUGGAGAAAUGAGAGACCCCGGUGUAGAAUCAUAUCCUGUGGUGAUCUGCCAACUACUCCUAAUGUAAAGAAAAUUGGGACUCAAACUACCUUUGGGGCAUCUGCCAUUUUCAGUUGUAACCUUGGAUAUGUCUUGACUGGAUCCACUGUUAGAGAAUGUCUUCUGUCUGGCCUUUGGAGUGGGAUGGAGACUCUGUGCCUGGCUGGUCACUGCGGCAUGCCUGAGCAAAUUGUGAAUGGGCAAGUGAUUGGAGAAAACUUUGGCUACAGAGACACGGUGGUUUACCAGUGCAACCCUGGGUUCAGGCUCAUUGGCUCCUCUGUACGAAUCUGUCAGCAGGACCACAACUGGUCCGGACACCUUCCAGUUUGUAUUCCUGUCACAUGUGGCCACCCUGGUAGUCCUAUCUAUGGCCGCACCACGGGUGAUGGCUUCAACUACAAUGAUGUUGUGCGCUUCUCCUGCAACAAAGGCUACACCCUGGAGGGACCCUCCACAGCCCAGUGCCAGGCCAACCGCCAGUGGAGCCAACAGCCUCCAACAUGCAGAGUUGUGAACUGCACAGAUCCAGGUAUCCCUGCCAACUCUAUACGGGAGAGUAAGAUUGAGCAUGGCAACUUCACAUUCGGGAGUGUUGUCUUCUAUGACUGUAACCCUGGAUAUGACCUGUUUGGCUCAUCCGUGCUAACCUGCCAGCCAGAGGGCCACUGGGACAAACCUCUCCCAGAAUGCAUUGAGGUAGACUGCGGCAACCCAGGCACACCACCCCACACUGUGAUGAGUGGCGAGAAGUUUACCUUUGGCUCUACCGUUCGUUACUCUUGCCUUGGAGACCGUCAGCUCAUAGGCGACUCAGCCCUCACCUGUCAACUGAGUGGACACUGGAGUGGCCCACUUCCUCACUGCUCAGGUGACUCCACUGGCACCUGUGGAGAUCCCGGCACACCUGCCCAUGCCAGCAGGGAGGCGGGGAACUUCAAAGUGCGCAGCAAGGUUCGCUUCACUUGCGCAAUGGGACAUACACUUUAUGGCUCAGCAGAGAGGAUCUGCUUCCCCAAUGGGACCUGGUCGGGAAAACAACCAUUCUGCAAGCCUGUACAAUGUGGGAACCCAGGUACCCCUGCUCAUGCCCGCGUUUCCCGUGUGGAUGGCACAACGUUUCCUCACUCCAUUGUGUAUUCUUGUAUGGAAGGAUAUUUCCUCACUGGAUCGCCUACACGCCAGUGUCUGGCGAAUGGCACAUGGUCUGGCACAGCACCAAAUUGCACAAUGAUCACCUGUGGUGACCCAGGCAUUCCAGCGAAUGGGCUUCGAUUCGGGGAGGACAUCACAGUGGGUCUCAACGUCACCUUCAUAUGCCAGCCAGGGUAUGUGAUGAUUGGAGGGGAAAACGCUGUCACAAGAAUCUGCACCAACAAUGGAACCUGGAGUGGAAUGAUGCCAGCAUGCCAAGUGGUGACAUGUCCUACACCACCCUCAAUCCCCAAUGGCCUCCUGGAGGGCUCAGCCUUGGAGUGGGGUACCAGUGUAAGCUACCGCUGUCUGCCUGGAUAUGAGCUGUCAUUCCCUGCAGCACUCACCUGCACUGGAAAGGGAACAUGGAGUGGAGAUCUGCCUCAGUGCUUGCCCAAGUUCUGUGGAGAUCCUGGAGUGCCUCUCAAAGGUCGGCGAGAAGGACGUAGCUUCAUCUUCAAGUCAGAAGUGACAUUUACCUGCAGCAUCCCGAAUGUGCUGGUGGGAUCAACAACUCGCAUGUGCCAGGAGGAUGGCACCUGGAGUGGAUCUCAGCCUCGAUGUAUAGAGCCUACAAGAACUACAUGUGGAAAUCCAGGGACACCUGAGAAUGGCUUCAUGAAUUAUACUACAGGAUUUAAGGUGGGUAGCAGAGUGGACUUCCAGUGCCAACAGGGACAUCUACUCCAGGGCUCUACUACAAGGCUGUGUUUGCCAGACUUAACCUGGACUGGCAUCCAGCCUACCUGCAUUGCUCACACCUGCAAACAGCCCCGGACCCCAUCCAAUGCUGACGUCAUGGGUCUAGACCUGCCCUCCUAUGGCUACACUCUGGUCUACACCUGCCACUCGGGUUAUUUCCUCUCCGGGGGAUCAGAGCACCGUGUCUGCCGCUCUGACGGCAGCUGGACUGGCAAGGUGCCAGUGUGCAGAGUUGGAUCAAAAUCACAGGAAAAAACUGUCAAACCUGUUCCAGGGACUGCAAGUCCUAAAAUGAAAGUCCCUGAUGAUGUCUUUGCCCCUGAUUUCAUCUGGAAGGGCUCCUAUGACUACAAAGGCCACAAGCAGCCAAUGAGUUUGACAGUCACAAGCUUUAAUGCCACAAGUGGAAAAGUCAAUGUAACUUUAAGAGACAGCAGUGUAGAGUUUCUGCUCUCGGGAGUCUACAAAUACCAGGAGGCACGAUUAAUGCUCCUGUUGUAUCAGAUGAGAGCACUGGCCCACAGCUCCUUGAGCAGGAUUACUGAUGAGACCUGGGCAAUGGAUGGCUUUGUUUCAGCUGAACCUGAGGGUGGAAGCUAUGUGUUCCAAGGCUUUAUACAGAGCAAAGACUAUGGACAGUUCGGACUUCAGCGACUAGGUUUGAGUGUAAGAGAGAAUGUAACACUGAAUGACCCUGAAACCAGUGGCUCCACCAACAGCAGCUCUGUUGCUGUCGCUAUCCUUGUGCCUUUCUUUGCUCUCAUAAUCGCUGGACUUGGUUUUUAUCUCUACAAGCAGAGAAAAACAGACAAGGCGCAGUACACAGGAUGUUCUGUCCACGAGAACAACAACGGCCAGGCUACAUUUGAGAAUCCCAUGUACAACACAAACACAAAAGCUUCUGAGGGGAAAGUCGUCCGCUUCGACCCCAAUCUCAACACUAUUUGCACCAUGGUUUGA